GGUAAUUGACACACAGUGUUGAGUUCCUGUAUCAGCCUGAAGAUCUCCGAGACCAGAAUCCAGAGUCAGUCCACCAGUCACAGCAGAGACCUGCUGGACAAACUAGAACCAGAACCCGGACCACAGGAGCCAAACAGCAGCCUCGUGCUCUGAUAGCACCGAUGUUCAGAAACGGAGAGGAAGAGAGGGACUCAAACGUCGCCACCAGGGAGAAACCAUACUGCUGUGACCAGUGUGGGAAACAUUUCACUAGAUUAGAUAUUUUGAAAGUCCACCAACGUAUUCACACUGGACAGAGACCAUACCGCUGUGACCUGUGUGGGAAAGCUUUCAAUAUAUCAAGUAACUUAAAAACACACAUUCGUGUUCACACCGGAGAGAAACCAUACAGCUGUUACCAGUGUGAGAAAGCUUUCAAAACAUCAGGUGACCUAUACAGACACAGACGUAUUCACACUGGAGAGAAACCGUACAGCUGUGACCAGUGUGGGAAAGCUUUCAAUACAUCAAGUGACCUUGAAAGACACAGACGUAUUCACACUGGAGAGAAACCAUUCAGAUGUGACCAGUGUGGGAACGCUUUCAAUACAUCAAGUGACCUGGAAAGACACAGACGCGUUCACACUGGAGAGAAACCAUACAGCUGUGACCAAUGUGGGAAAGCUUUCACUAGAGGAGGAGAUCUAAAAAGCCACUAUCGAGUACACUCUGGAGAGAAGCCAUACAGCUGCGACCAGUGUGGGAAAGCUUUCACUAAAUCCGACAUGUUAAAAGUUCACCAACGUAUUCACACUGGAGAGAAACCGUACAGCUGUGACCAAUGUGGGAAAGCUUUCACUAAAGCAGGUAACCUAGAAAGACACAGACGUAUUCACACUGGAGGAAAACCGUACUGGUGUGAACAAUGUGGGAAAACCUUUUCUCAGAGUGGUCACCUUAAAUGUCACCAACGUAGCUGUGUAGUUAUAUUCAGCCUGAGGCGGCUGUCUGACAAACCAGCUCCGACAGUCCCAGAGGAGACCUGCUGGAUCUCAGAGACCAGGACCAAGAGCGGGAUGGAGGAGGACAACCAGGACCCGGAGCCCCGGAGCAACAACGUCCCCGGAGGACAAACAGCAGGCUCGAGCUCUGAUAGCACCGAUGUUCAGAAACAGAGAGGAGAGGGACUGAAACGUCACCGCUGUCAGCACUGUGACAAAUCCUUCACAACAUCUGGAUAUUUAAAGAUUCAUCAGAGGCUUCACACUGGAGAGAGACCACACAGGUGUGACCAGUGUGGGAAAGCUUUCACUGCAUCAUGGAACCUAGGAAGACACAGACGUAUUCACACUGGAGAGAAACCAUACAGCUGCGACCAAUGUGGGAAAGCUUUUGCUAUAUCAGGUGAUCUAGUAAAUCACAGACGUCUUCACACUGGUGAGAAACCACACCGGUGUGACCAAUGUGGGAAAGCUUACGCUACAUUACGUGACUUAAAAAGGCACCGUCGUGUUCACACUGGAGAAAAACCAUACUCGUGUGGAGAAUGUGGGAAAACUUUCAGUACAUCAAGUAACCUAAAUGUCCAUCGACGUGGUCACACUGGGGAGAAACCAUACUGGUGUGACCAGUGUGGGAAAGCUUUCGCUACAUCAGUUGAAUUAAAGAGGCACCAUCGUUUUCACACUGGGGAGAAACCGUACUGGUGUGACCUAUGUGGGAAAGCUUUCACUAUAUCAAGUGAUCUAGUAAAUCACAGACGUGUUCACACUGGGGAGAAGCCGUACUGGUGUGACCAAUGUGGGAAAGCUUUCACUAGAUCAAGAGAGCUAAAAUGCCAUCAACGUGUUCACACAGGGGAGAAGCCGUACUCGUGUGACCAAUGUGGGAAAACUUUUUCUCAGUGUCGUCAGCUUAAAUCCCACCAACGCAUUCACACUGCUUCAUUUAUCAGCCGACCAAUCAACAAGCAGACUCCUGAUCUCCAGCAGAUCUCCUGGAUGAUGGAGGAGCUCGGUGGAUCUCUGGGUCACCGGCUGGAGGACAAAGGAAGCAGAAUGAGCUUGUUGUGUGGAGACAUUUGUCUGUCCAGCUUCCUGUUGUGUUUGACUCUAGUGUUAGUAGAAGGUGCUGACUGUGAUCAGAGCUACAAGCUGCUCACUGACUGGAGACUAGCUCCGACAGUCACAGCGGAGACCUGCUGGAUCUCAGAGACCAGGACCAAGAGCGGGAUGGAGGAGGACAACCAGGACCCGGAGCCCCGGAGCAACAACGUCCCCGGAGGACAAACAGCAGGCUCGAGCUCUGAUAGCACCGAUGUUCAGAAAUGGAGAAGAAGAGAGGGACUCAAACAUCACCGCUGUCUACACUGUGAGAAAUCCUUCACAACAUCUGUAUCUUUAAAGAUUCAUCAGAGAGUUCACACUGGAGAGAAACCGUACAGCUGUGACCAGUGUGGGAAAACGUUCAGUGUAUCAAGUAAUUUAAAAACCCACAAACGUAUUCACACUGGAGAGAAACCUUAUAGGUGUGACCACUGUGGGAAAGCUUUCACUACAUCAGGUGAACUAAAAAACCAUGAACGUGUAUACACUGGAGAGAAACUGUACAACUGUGACCAGUGUGGGAAAGCUUUUACGCAAUCAGGUGAACUAAAAAUCCACCAACGUGUUCACACUGGAGAAAAACCAUACAGCUGUGACCAGUGUGGGAAAGCUUUUUCUACAGCAGGGAACCUACAAAGACACAGACAUGUUCAUACUAAAGGAAAACCAUACAGGUGUGACCAAUGUGAGAAAGCUUUUACUCAGUCAGGUGACCUAAAAAUCCACCAACGUGUUCACACUGGAGAGAAACCAUACAGCUGUGACCAGUGUGGGAAAACAUUCAAUGUAUCGAGUAACUUAAAAAAACACAAACGUAUUCACACUGGAGAGAAACCGUACAGGUGUGACCAGUGUGGGAAAGCUUUCACUACAUCCGGUGAACUAAAAAUCCACCAACGUGUUCACACUGGAGAGAAACCGUACAGGUGUGACCAGUGUGGGAAAACGUUCACCAUCUCAAGUAACUUAAUAGUUCACAAAUGCAUUCACACAGGCGAAAAACUAUACUGGUGUGAACAAUGUGGCAAAACUUUCACUACAUCAAGUAAAUUAAAAGCCCACCAACGUAUUCACACCGGAGAAAAACCAUAUGGAUGUGAACAAUGUGGUAAAGUUUUCACUACAUCAGGUUGCCUGGAAAAGCACCGACAUGUUCACACUAGAGAGAAACUGAACUGGUGUGACCAAUGUGGGAAAAUGUUGGCAUGGAGUACUUCCCUUAAACGUCACCAACGCAUUCACGCUGCUUUGCUUUGAACAGUUUUCAGUACUAAGCAAGCUGUUUCCUCCUGCCCCCUUCUCCUGAUAGCAUACUGCGCUGUUGAGCCACAACAAAUUACCGUGAGGGAAAUUACUUUACCGCGACAGCCCUAGUGUUUUAUUCAGAGCUUGUCUACAAACUGAGGAUAAACAACAGUAACUUUAAAUAUUUAGUAGCAUGUUUGUUAUUGUAGAUGUGACUACAUACUGUCCUGCUCAUCCUCUACUCACAAUAAUGGUCUGAAACUACAGCAUGUUUGCUGGUUUAUGUUUUUCAAGUGACAAUGUAGCAGUCUGCAGCUAUUUUCAUUUAUUUUCCCAUUGCUUUGGCCAGAUCUGCAAUACUCUGGUUCUUGGUUAGGGAUCAUUUAGAGCACUUUGUUGUACAGAGAGUGUUGCUCUAACUCCUCAGCAGGGAUUGAGUGCAGCUGGGUAAUUCCCUCUGGGCCAAUCAGGGUGUGCUGACGUCCAUUCUGGAAGGCAUAAGAAGAGGGGCGUACCUGCGCACUGAAGCAUUGCGUCUUUUUUCUUGCGUCUGCGUCUUUUUGAAGCAUCCUGAAACCUGUAUAAUGUGCGCGGAACUCACUCCACAUACAGACGUCAGCCUAUAGCUCUGUCCUUUGGGACCUGCUGAGAUCGCUUUUGCUGUCUCUUUUGUCUACCAUGGUAAGAAAUGGGUUCAGAGUGGACAUAUAGACCAUGGCACCACUAUUUGUUGUUGUUGCUUUCAUUUAAAACCCCUUGCCCAUUCAUUCUUUUUGUUUUUGUGUUGUAUUUUAGUGUCCAGUUUUGUUUUUGGGGUUGUUGCUUUGGGAGUCUUUACCAUGUAUGAGAAACAACCUCAUGUCAAACGAUUCACCUGAUUAUGACAAUGACUACAUUUAUUAUUUUGACCAAACUGCUUUAAAUUAAUAUUUUUUGAUGCCCUAGCUUGCUCAAUACUCAGGAAUGUCUCUGUUCUACAGCUACAACAGCUAAAGCGCAUUUCUUUUGUCUAAUAAUUAUGGUUAAGGUAAGAGUUUUAUCAUUUAUUGAAAGUCUUUUAACAUUUUCUUUAAUCUGCUGGUUUUAUGGAUUUUAAAAUCUGCUCAAAGAUCAUUGGAGUUCAGCUGACAGACCUGAGCUCCCUCUAGCUCCAGAAGGCUGGACAGGUCAUGAGUCAUUCUGAUUAUGUUCUUAGUCAGGAAUUCUGUUUAAUACCCUCAGGACAGCGCUACCUCGCCCUCCCAAGGAAAACUAAUAGAUAUGCAAAUUAUUUUAUUCCUUCUGCCAUCAAGCUUUUAAAUACUGCAGACAGCGGCAGCUAGACAUGUGCCAGGCAUCGUAAACCUCUGUAUUUAUUAUUUACUUAGUAUUGUUAUCUAUUUAUUUAUUUAAUCUUCUGGUGCCCAAAUGCAAUAUGAUGUCAUUGACAGUGUUUCUGACUGCUUGAUUGACUGUUGUCUUCUUGUCUUGUUUGAUACAACUGGUAGGAUAAAACUGAAUUGCCCUACGGGGAUAAAUAAAGUUAUUUUAAUUUGAAUUAAA